AAGAGAGCGUCGCAAAAAUCUCCCGCACGGGUGUACUAGCAUUUUAACGCCGCAGCUCAUCGUCUCUCUCUCCCCGCCCGCCGCCUAUAUUCCUUUGACCGACCGCCGCUGCGCCCACUCCUGUUCGUUCGUUAAGCCCUCUGACCGGCCGAAACCCCGGCGGCCUCCUGGAGGUUCCGGGGUUGAGUUCGGUCUGAGCUGCUGCUGCCGGCGGAGGCAUUCCCUUGUCGUUUCUUGGAGUGUCCUGGUGGUGGUGACCGGUGGAUAUGAACACUGUGUGUGAAGUUUGUGGGGAUAUUGGUUACAGACAACUUCUGCUUUGUUGCAGAGACUGCAAGCGUUGUGCUGUGCACCAAUACUGUUUGGACAAAGUUGUCUACGAGGCAUCAUUAAUAAAAUGGUUCUGUUAUGAAUGCCUACAAAGGCGUGGUGAAGUUACUCGCAUCAGUUCUCUAGAGAAGUUGUCAAGUGAAAGACCACUAAGUCAGGUCCAUUCUCGUUCUCCAGUACAGCAGCUAAUUACCAAGAGUGUAGAGUCAGUAAGGGAUGCAGGGCCUUGGAGAGAUCGGAAAAAUGAAUCAAUUGCGACUAAAUAUCCAUCUCUCAACAGAACAUAUCCUUCAAUUAAGAAGCACACUAAAAAGAAGCCGAUUGUGAAACCAAUGGGUAACUGCACAAAUAGAAAAGUGCGAAUGGCUAAAGUUACCACCCAUACAAGUGCCGAAGCGUCACGUUCUUGUGAAACCAUUGGGACAGAAUCAUCUAAGAGCAACCAUGGGAAGAACCAGCAGGUGGACCAUGCAAACCCUGUCGCAUUGAACACUGAGCAGUCUUUCCCUUUGAUUGUGAAUAGCUUGGGUACAUUGGGAGAUAAUCACCAGUAUCACCUCUUAGAAACAACAGAAGGGUUGGCUUGCAAAUUCAAGAAAGUUCCACAAUCACUCGCAGCACCAUUGAAAAGAUUAGAGAAGAGAGACAAUGUGGUUUUGGGAUCAAAUAAUUUAGGGUCAUCUUGUUUCACAGCUGACCUUGGAAGCUCGGUUCUUGGAAAAAGUGGAGACAAAUCGAAUAGAAUGAAGGAUAUUGGUGCAAACUUGUCUUCCAAACACAAUGAUCAUGGCAAUCAGGCAAAUCAACACACUUUAGUUGGCUCGAAGAACAUGGAAGGCAAGUCUGUAAAGGCUAAACAUACUGUGGUUGAUGCACAUAAAAACACGUCUUGGACAGUGGACUCACUGAUAAACGUCAAGGACAAGUCUGAAGUAUAUGGUGAUAGUAAUAGGGAUAUCUUAAAUGAUGUCACAGUCCAGCUGGAUCAUAGGGCUAGCAAUGAGUUGCUGCCGAGAAGCACGGCCACCAAUAUACCACAGCUAGCCACUCUGGAAAACGAUGUUGUGGACACAGUCAUGCCAUAUUCACCCAAUGGUGGUUGUGAGGAAUCAUUUUCCUGCCCUGGCAUAAAAAACACCCCAAGUGUUCGAGAAAGAAGUGUAGAUCCCAUUAAUAUUUCAAGUGAUUCUCAUGAUACCAUAGAAGCAUCCGAAAGCAGUGAAAGAUUCAUGGAAUGCCAAAAAGCUAGCUUGUGUCGUCGCAGGAAAACUGUGAAGAUGGCUAUGGUGUCCUCAUCAUCUGAGGAGUCAGGAGAAGACACUAUCUCUGAAAACGUAUCUUUGGGGUAUGUUUUGGCAUGUAGAAGUUCUCUAUCUAAAGCACAAAAGAAGAGAGUAACGAAGCUUAUUCAGGAAAUUCAACCUGAAUUCACAGUUUUUAUAUCAAUAAUGCGGAUGAGCAAUGUGAAACUCCCAGGUCCUCUUCUGGGAAUUACCAAGGAAUAUGCAAUUGCACAUUUCCCAGAUAAAACCACAAAUGUCACUCUUGAGACGCCUGGCAAGAGCAAGAAGUGGCAUCCCAAAUUCUACAAAAGAGAUGAAAGUAGAAAGAACUUGCUUAUGGGACAAUGGCUAGACUUUGUCCGUGACAAUCAUGUGCAGGAGGGAGAUAUCUGCCUCUUUUUACCGACAAAAGAUGAGAUAAGACACACAUUUAUGGUCUAUAUUCUUCAUGAAACAACCCAUUCUAGAUGUGGGGCUGGCUUUCAAAGGGUUGGCCCAUGCCUUGGUGGUGCAUCCAGUGCAAAGAUGGCUUCAGAAGUUCAUAUUGAGGAUGAACCAACCGCUGGAGAACAUGUUUCGUCGGACAGUGAUAUGCCAGAAAAUUCUCAUGAACCUCUGGAGAGCGGAGACUCGGAUGAUCCAUUUGAACCUCCAUACUUUGUACCAUGCAGGAGUCCUCUAUCUAAAUCCCAAAAGAGAAUGGUUGAGCAGCGAGUGCGAGCUAUCCGAUCUGAAGUUCCCAUUUGUGUGGCAGUAAUGAAGAACAAUAACGUUGGCAUUGCUCAGCGUUGGAUGCUAGAAUUAUGUUCACGAUAUGCUUCGGUAUAUCUCCCAACUAAAGGGCAAAACAUAUUGCUCCAGUGCAAGGGGAAGACGUGGGAAGCCAAAAUGAUGUUUCAUAAUGGCAGAAGGUGGUUUCUUAAUGGAGGUUGGCCCGAUUUUGCUCGUGGCAAUGGCCUGCGCGUCGGUGACAUGUGUCUAUUCGAACUGAAGAAGAAAAAGAGUACGCUUACCAUGGCAGUCCAUAUCAUUCGCAAGGAGCAGUUUUAGGUUGGGCUGGCAUGUAGUUAAUCCAUGGUUGUGGCUGAUCUCUGGAUGGAUUAGAGACCAAUCUCAAUCUGUAACGUUUGUUGGUAGGCUGGUAGCUAUCUGCUGACAACAUGUUUUAGCAUGAUGUAUAUAUAACAUCCUUUAUUAUGCCGAAAUGUCGCCUUGCUUUUACUUA